CGGAACACGCCUGGGAGUGAUCUAUAGAGCUAGUUCUUUACUUUUAUUUUUGGCAUAAAUUGGACACUGGAAUGGACAUACCAUCCGAUCACUCUGGGAGUGAUAGCCAAUAAUGGGUCUGUGACUAAUUUUUAUUUUUAUUGAUUUGUAUACAAGAACUACUAAACUUAUCAAGUUUUCUCCACAUUGAUUGAUUGGAGUUAUACCCCACUUCAGCCAUGCGCCCUAAUCGCGCCCUACUCAUGAUUAGAUUGAUAAAAGGUGCCCUCCCCCUCUUCAUUUCUUCAUUUCAACUCUCUAUACAGCAUCCGGGUUAGCCAUUUAUACAUUCUUCAAUAAUGAAAACCCUCUACAAGAACGGUCACUUCAUCACCGGCCAAUCCCCCGAACCAACAUGCAUGAUCACGGAACACGACCGCAUCGUUUAUCUCGGCGAAGAAAGCCCCGCCAUGUCUCACCACCCAGAGACUCACAUCAUGGAUCUAGAGGGUCGAAAAGUCCUUCCAGGGUUCAUUGACGGACACAUGCACCUGCUCCUCUUCGGCGCCUCUCUCUCCAAAAUCAACCUCGGAAACUGCACCUCCCUAUCCGACAUCCGUGCCACCAUCAAAGAAGCCGCAUUGCAAAACCCCACCGCUGAACGACUUUUCUGCCGCGGCUGGAUGCACUCCAUGACCAAUGGCGAAGCCCUAGCCAGCAUGAUCGACGACCUCGACCCGCGCCCCAUCUUCAUCGAUUCCAAGGACCUUCACUCUGCCUGGUGUAACAGCGCCGCGCUCCGCGAACUCAACGUCGCCGAGAUGCCUGACCCCGCCGGCGGGGUGAUCCACCGUGACGCACAGGGAGCUGCAUCGGGUUUGCUCAGCGAGGCGGCGGCCGUGAAUAUCGUCUGGCCACACGUAGCCAAGGUGGCGAGUCUGGAGGAGAAGUUGGGAUUCGUGCGGCGGGCGUUCAGUGAGUACAACCAGGCCGGGUAUACGGGAAUUGUGGAGAUGGCCACAGAUGAGAAUCUGUGGGCGACUGUGAAGACGUUACGGGAGCGGGAGGAGGUCGGGGUGAGGAUGGCUGCGCAUUGGAUUAUUUCGCCGAAGAGCGAGGUGAGCGAGGUGUUGAAACAGGUGGACCGGGCGAUUGAGUUGCACAGUCUUUAUAAUCUGGAGACGAGUCCGGAUUUCCGGAUUGCGGGGAUCAAGGUGAUCUGUGACGGGGUUGUGGAUGCGUGCACGGCUGCAUUGAUGGAGCCGUAUUCCACCGGGGCUAAUUGCGAGCCGCUUUGGGAGGCGGAGAUUCUGAAGAAGGUGGUUAGGAAGGCGGAUCGGGCCGGUUUGCAGUGUGCUCUGCAUGCGAUUGGGGAUGCGACUGUGCGGUUGGCGAUUGAUGCGUUGGAGAGUGAAGGGACGCCCGGGCGACGCCAUCGCAUUGAGCAUUUAGAGCUGACGGCGCCCGAGGAUGCGAAACGGCUCGGCCAGUUGGGCAUCACGGCCUCGGUGCAGCCUGUUCAUGCUGAUCCGGCAAUUCUAAAGGCUUGGCCGACCCUGCUGGGGGAGGAGAGGUGCGGCCGCGCGUUUGCGUAUAAGGAUUUUGUGAGUCAUCAGGCGACGCUGGCUAUCGGGACGGACUCGCCAACGGCGCCGCAUUUACCCUUGCGGAAUCUGUAUACGGCUACCACGCGGCGGUCGGCAAGGGAGCCCGCGUCGUCUACUACUGUCAAUGAGCAUUUCAAGCUGUCAUUGUUGGAGGCUGUCGGUGCUGCGACGACUGGGUCGGCGUAUUCGUGUUUCGCGGAUUGCUUUACGGGUCGCUUAGAAGUAGGCAAAAAGGCGGACUUUGUGGUUGUUGAUAUGGCAUGGGAGGCAGAGAAGCUGCUAGAGGCAGAGGUGUAUGAGACGUACUUCAACGGAAAGAGGGUAUAUCGGCGUGACUAGAGACACCUGAGUCCUCACUGUAUAUAGUAAUGAGGCCGCAUGUGUGUAUGUACAUAACCCAGUAUAAAGUCAC